CCCACAGGGUACUAUUCGUCUUUCGACAGCGAUGGAUUCUGGUAAGUAACCAUGUCGCUCUUUCAAUUUUGCACAAAAGACCACGCAUCAAUUACAGAUAUCUCGGAAACUUCGUCAGCCGUGCCAAUUUCAGAUGAUGCUUAUGACACUGAUGCGCACUCUCAACACAAGAAAAGGCGUGUUAGCGGAGGACAUGCAGCUUCAUCGUCGAGGGAGGGAGAUUCUCACAAGGCCACCAGCCGUUUGUUCAGGAAGUUACUCCAUCAAAUGGAGGCACUCUCAGACGACACUAAGGAACUGAAGAGGGAAACUGGACAUAUCCGCAGCAUGCUGCAGGAUCACUUCACAACCACGGAUCUGACGGUUCCGGAUUCUUUCAACAUUCUUCCCAUCACGGAUGAGCGUGGACUGCGUGCUGUCGAAGCUUCAAUCAACGACGAAACCAACUUUAAAGCCUUUGUGUCCCAGCUUUGGACAUCUGGGGGAGCCAGCAGUGCUGAGUGCACACGGAAUGUAUUGAGGAGGCUUGUGACUAUGAACUUCGCUGCAGAAAUAUGCUAUUCGGGACACAAUGCUGAUAAAAGGGUGUUCCAGGGCCUUGCGCUGUCCCGUCUUCUUACUGCCUGCGUUAGACGGGCCUUUCCAUCAGCAACGGACAAAGAAAUAGCUUCAGCCGCCAGAAACUACUUCAGGUGUGCCCCUGGGGUAGUACGGAAGAGACGCAGCAACAGCGAUGGUGCAACAGAUUGAAAGCUGCUGCCAAGAAUCGUCCAUCCAAGAAAAUGGCAAGACACCUAGAGCACUUUGAUAUAAACACUGUAU